ACUCCAUUUCCCAUGAGCACUAGCGCCCUUUCACAAAAUCAUGAGACCCAUCAUGGGACCGUGUUGCCCCACUUUGUAACAGCAGUGUUUUGGGUCACCUACGCUGUCAGCAUGGCGGUAGAAGGCAUCGCACCUGACUGGGAGUUUGACCGUUUUGACGACGGUUCCCAAAAAAUACACACAGAGGUACAACUGAAGAACUACAGCAAGUUUCUGGAGGACUACACCUCUCAGCUGAGGGGCAUCGAGGAGGCUCUGGAUGACUCCAUCGGAGAUGUGUGGGACUUUACUCUGGACCCCAUCGCCCUGAAGCUUCUCCCAUAUGAGCAGUCAUCCAUAUUAGAGUUAAUUAAAACAGACAACAAGGUUUUGAACAAAGUCAUUACAGUCUAUGCUGCUCUCUGUAGUGAAGUGAAGAAGCUCAAGUGUGAGGUAAGCCUGGUCAAAAGCCUGGUUUGUCAUUUUCAUCCUAUCUGCCUACUCUUGCCUAAAGGGGCCCUUUUGGAGGUUUUCUGUAAACAAACAAAAGUUACAAUUGUAGCAUACCUACUUACCUUUAAUAAAAAUAUUAAUAUUCAGAAAUAUUAAUUCAUAAAUCCUCAAGGCACCACCGGAAAUUUAA